AUGUCGACAUACCAUCGUAUGCUCAGAGUCCUUAUUGCUCAAAUGAUUCUUCUUCUUGCCAGUCGAAUCGUAUCUGUGCAGAUUGGGUCAAUUCAAGGUGUCUCGUUCUUCUCCUCUACCGGAAUUACUGUACCAACGAAUGAUUCGUGUGCUGAAUGCAUAUGUACUAUGAUGUUAUCAGACGACAUUAUUGGUCUUAGUUGUUCACAAAAUCAAACAUGUUUGUUCGUCUACAAUUAUUCGCUCCCUUACAAUCUGACCGUCGAUCCUAAUUCAUCUUUUUAUUUUCGUAGCUUACCGCCCGAACAAUACUACACUACUUUUGAAACAACUACAAACAUAGGAACAACAACGGAAAAACAGUUGACAGCUCAAGCUGUAUGGUCAGCUACAGGUGAUACUGUGGCUGGCAGUAGUGCAGCUGGUUUGGCUGGCAACAUAUCAUUAACUGGUCCAGGUCCCAUCGCUUUCGAUAUAGACAACAAUCUGUAUGUGAAUGAUUACGGCAAGCAUCGUGUCAUUAUAUAUCCAAGCAAUGGAUCAAUGCCCAGGGUAAUCGCUGGUACCGGAACGGCAGGAUCGAAAAUGAACCAGCUCAAUUCGCCAAAUGGUAUAGAUAUAGACACGACUGGAGCACUAUAUAUAGCAGAUCAAAACAAUCAUCGUAUCCAGAGAUGGCUUCCCGGAGCUACGAAUGGUACGACCGUUGCUGGAACAACAGGAACUAGUGGGUCAACUCUAGAUCUACUAAACAAACCUCAAAGUAUUUCUAUUGAUUCAAGCACUUGGAAUAUGUAUAUCUACGAUGGUCAAAAUUAUCGAGUUCUCAAGUGGCAGCUAGGCGCCUCACAAGGCAUCAUGGUUGCUGGAAACGGAUCGACCGGUACGUCUUUGAGCAAUAUCGCCUAUGCAUAUGAUGCAAAGUUUAACUCCAAUGGUAAUAUUUAUGUACCUGAUUAUAACAAUGGGCGCGUUGUUAAAUGGACUCCACCGUCAACGUAUGGUGUCUUAGUCGCUGGGCAAGUUAGCAGUUCAGGAUCGACCUCGAAUCGAUUGAAACAACCCACACAAAUUAUUCUAAAUUCAGCUGGAGAUAUCUACAUUUGUGAUUAUGGUAAUCAUCGAAUUCAACGGUGGAUUAACGGAGCAUCUAAUGGUUCGACAGUUGUGGGCAACGGAACAGCUGGCUCAAACUCCAACCAAUUACACAGCCCAUAUGGCAUCGCUUUUGAUAGAUUCAACAAUCUGUACGUUGCAGACAGCGGCAAUAAUCGUAUUCUACGAUUUAAUUUAACAAACUCCUGA